UUCACCCAUAAUGAAACUCCGCUCAAGUGUUGCAGGAAGUUGCGCAUUACGUCUAGCUAGGUACAAUGGCGCCUCUAGAUUUGGACAAAUAUGCGGAGAUUGCGAAACAGUGUAAAUACCUCCCAGAAAAUGACCUUAAGAGGUUAUGUGACUAUGUGUGUGAUCUCUUGCUGGAGGAGUCCAAUGUUCAGCCUGUCUCUACUCCUGUAACAGUAUGUGGGGACAUACAUGGGCAGUUUUAUGAUCUUUGUGAACUCUUCCGAACUGGUGGCCAGGUUCCAGACACAAAUUACAUAUUUAUGGGUGACUUUGUUGACCGGGGGUACUACAGUCUGGAGACUUUCACCUACCUGCUGGUGCUGAAAGCCAAAUGGCCUGACCGCAUCACACUUCUGCGUGGAAACCACGAGAGCAGACAGAUCACACAAGUUUAUGGCUUUUACGAUGAGUGCCAGACCAAGUAUGGGAAUGCAAAUGCGUGGCGUUAUUGCACCAAAGUGUUUGAUAUGCUAACAGUGGCAGCUCUGAUGGACGAGCAGAUCCUGUGUGUCCAUGGAGGCCUCUCCCCAGACAUUAAAACCCUAGAUCAAAUUCGAACCAUUGAGCGGAACCAGGAGAUACCCCACAAAGGAGCAUUUUGUGAUCUGGUGUGGUCAGACCCUGAAGACGUGGACACUUGGGCCAUCAGUCCCAGAGGAGCUGGCUGGCUCUUUGGGGCAAAGGUCACUAAUGAGUUUGUUCACAUCAACAACCUGAAGCUGAUCUGCCGGGCACAUCAGCUUGUCCACGAAGGCUACAAGUUUAUGUUUGACGAGAAGCUGGUCACAGUGUGGUCAGCUCCUAACUACUGUUAUCGCUGUGGCAACAUCGCCUCCAUUAUGGUCUUCAAAGACGCCAACACAAGAGAGCCGAAGCUCUUCAGAGCAGUACCUGACUCAGAAAGAGUCAUUCCACCACGAACAACAACACCUUAUUUCCUGUGAGCCCAUUCAAACUAAAACAAUGCAGCCAUUUGUUCAGUUCACAGAUAGUGACUGGGACAGUGGCAUCGGCACUUGUGUACACAUAUGAAUUUUGUAUAGUGCAUUUAGAGUAUUUCCUGUGCAUAUCUUGGUGCCAGUUGUCAAGUGUUAUUACCACUCUGUGCAUUUGAUGCCAAUUCUUAAAUCACAGUGACACAUUACAGCGAAGUAAGUUGGCAGAUGAAAUGUUUGAGAGGAAGGAUUCAAAUUACACAAAAGUCAACUGACACUUGUAAAAUGUUAAUAUUUAAAUAUCUCCAUUUUGCUUUUGAAUAAAAAUUCAAUUUGCUGAGCAGAUUGCAGAUGCAGUGUUGUUUUUGUUAUGGUAAUCUUAAUCUAUUAAAGCUGGAUGUAAGAUAAAGCACUGAUGUACACUUGCACAACAACUGCAAGUUUCACUGGAGUUGUACACUUGGUGUUAUGUUAUGAAGAUGUAAAUCUAAAUGAUUGUGUUACCUUAAAAAAAUCAUUAUGCAGUUUCCAGAUUUGGAAUCUGCCCUUGUAAUUAUAAUUUUUUUUGUUGUCACCAUAGUUUUUAAAUAAAGAAAUCCAAAAUCGGAAG